CCUGAGGCCCUGAGGUUAUCCCACGUGGAUGGAUGUUUUUUGGGGCUCCGUGGGAAACUGCCGAAGCUUCCAGUUUUGUGGCCGGUCCCGCUGGGCGAAGCCAUGGCUACACGUAGCGGAUCGAUCCUGGCGGUAGCCGCCCUCGUGCUCCUGGCACUGUCGCAUGAUGCCCUGAGCUUUUCUCUGGGAUCCAGCAUCGGUGCAGCUGAAGCAAAGGCAUCUGACAUGCUGGCCUCACUUCAGAGGGGUGUUGCUGGCGUUCUGGCUGUCACAAGUGUGGCCUUGGUCAAUUUGAUUGUGAUGAUCAUUCCGGGCCUUGCCGUGCUGUUGUUGGGCUGGGCAGGGUACCGCAUCUACAGUACAGGUAGCUACAACUACCGAACCUUUCUCGGCUUGGGCAUUGCGCUAGGAUUGACCUAUGGCUUGAUCUGCCUGGGCGAGCGCUUCCGAUCCCCCGACUCAGCGACCGCGGCCACAGCCAGUGCCACGGACGCACAGGGGCAACUUGUGCGCAGCGGCGAGCUGGUGUUGCUGCAGAGCGGGGAGGUCGUGUUACGACCUGAUCCUCGGGUGUCUGCAGGACAUGCAGAGCCAGGUUGGCAGGAAUUCCUGGCGCAAAGCAUCCAAACGGCUUUGGUGGGGGGAAAUGAGCAGGUGGUGUUGGAGUUCUCCCGUCGGGGCUGCGCCUACUGUGCCAAGCAGUUGCCUGUGCUGCAGGAGGUGAUCCGCAGCCGUGCUGCCGCGGGGCGCUCCAUGGCCAUGGCCGGCGCCGGCACCGCCUUCGUCGGGGGCUCCUUGGCCUUGGCGCCUCUGAAGGUGUUCCUGCUGGAUGCGGAGGAAUUUCCACAGUUGGCACAAGGAUUUCAGGUGCAAGCCUUCCCGACCUUGUGGAUCUUUGGGCAGCCGCAGGUGGAUCCCAUCGUCACCCAAGGCUUCCUAGAGAGGCCCAAACUCGAGGAGAUUUUGCAGAUCGAAGCCACGAAGAGGCCGCCGAUGCCGAAAAAGAAAGGACCAUUGGCACGUUUCUUUCGGUGAGCCCUCGCGCUUUCCGUUCGACUUUUCUUGGGGUUGAUGGAUAGCAGAACAGAGC